AUGAUCAGCAGCAGCAAGAUUGCCGCCCUGUGCCUCGCUGUCGUCGCACUCUUAAGCAGCACAUAUGCGGAGGAACAGGCCGCCCAGACGUUCGGACUUCUGCACGGAGGUGCCGGUGCCGGCUUGUACGGAGGUGGUCGAGCGGGUGCAGGUGUCGGACUCUACGGACGCGGUGCCAGAAUCGGCAAUGGAUACGGCGGGGCUGGCAUUGAGGCUGGUCUUGGAGGAGCGUCUGGUCUCGGAGGAGCUGCUGGUCUUGGGGGUGGUGCCGGACUCUAUGGACGCGGCGUUGGUGUCGGCAACGGAUACAGUGGUGCUGGUCUCGGAGCUGGUGUCGGCGGCACCGGCGGCGUUACCGGAGCGGCUAACGGUGGUGUGAAUGGCAUCGCUGGUGCAGGUGUUGGCGGCAACGUUGGGGCUGGUGUCGGUGGCGGUGUUACUGGAACUGCCAACGGGGGAGUGAGUGGUACGGCUGGUGCCGGCGCGACGGCGAGCGCUGGGGCUACGGCUACCGGAACGGGAGCUGCUAACACUGGCGUUGCUACCCAGAAGGGCUACCGCAAGCUUCGUUCCGAGUAA